GGAUGGGAUGGAGAGGAUCAGUAGUAAUGGAGAUUGGAGCUUAGUCACCCCUCCACAUCCUCAGCAGGACUUUGUGGUGCCCCUUGGUGGGGCCGGGGGUUUUCAGUUGGGCUGGUGAAUUAGCUUAGGGGCAAAUGGUGUCAGCUGGGAGCAGGUGACCCUGAGUGGGUGGGGGUAGGAGAACCCAUGUGCAAGAGGCCCAAGGGUGUCUGAUAUGUGUGGCUCUGCAUAGCUUUGGAUUGAAGCCAGGAAAGGACCAGGCAAAGGGACCUUUAACUCCCUGGCGAGUGUUGCCCUUGGCGGUGGGAGCCAUCCCGGAUGGGAUCAUGGUUGUCUUUGCCAAGAACUUUCCAGAUGUCAUGUGUGGAGUAACAUGAGGGUCCAUGGCGAUGGCUAUGAUGUGGGCUGAGAUGGGGGAGGGCACGGUGACAAUGGGGAUGCAGCAGUGUGGUCCAGAGUCUGAGGAAGGUGCAGUCCAAGUUCUUGGCCCAGGACCUUGUGACUGGCAAUUAAGGGAGAAGAUUGAGUCCAUGUUUGUCUGUUAAUGACAUAGGAGGGGGGCCCACAAAGGAGGGGGUUCAGUCCUGCACUUCGGGCCCAGAGCGUAGCUGGUGUCUCUCUCCCCCCUGCCUGUUGAUGUUGUGGACCACCACAGUGGUCAGACGAGGCAUAGAAAAACGCAAACACCAGUGGAACCAGGGCCUUGAGUCUCCUCUGAGUUGGGAGCUAGGGAGGAGGCAGUGCAGGGGACAGACAAGGGAGUCCUGAGGAGAGAAGCUGAUCAUGGCAUGAACUGUCCCCAUCAUGGCAGGGCUGUGUGACCUUUGAGGACGUGACCAUUUACUUCUCCCAGGAGGAGUGGGGGCUCCUUGAUGAGGCUCAGAGACUCCUGUACUGCGACGUGAUGCUGGAGAACUUUGCACUUAUAGCCUCGCUGGGUCUUACAUAGUUGCCCAGCUGCAGAUGGGGGCAGAGCCAUGGGUACCUGACAGGGUGGACAUGACUUCAGCCAUGGCAAGAGGGGCAUACAGCGGACCCAUCUCUGGUUUUUGCUGUGCAACAGAGGCUGAGCAUAGUGUGUCUGUAGCAGGAGUGUCCCAGGACAGGAAGCUCAAGGCGGCUCUGUCCAAGCAGAAGGACUACUCCUGUGACAUGUGUGGCCUACACUUGAGAGACAUUUUGCACCUGGCUGAACACCAGGCAACACAUUCCAGCCAGAAACCAUACAUGUGUGAGGCACCUGGGAGAGAGUCCAAGUCCAGAGCAAACCUUUACAAGCAUCAGAUGCAGCAGAGUAUAGACAAGCCUGUCAGAAGGGAUGAGGACAGGGCCUCAUUUGUGAAGAGCUGCAGAGAUGACACAUCAAAAGAACCUUUUACAGUCAGGGAGGGUGGGAAGGACUUUGUGGGUGGGACAGCUACAUCUGACCUUCCGCAGCAUCAGGUCGCUCACAGAGUGGAGGAGCCACCCCAGAGCACUGGUCACACUGUGCAAAGCCACAGCAAGUGCGGUGAAUUUGGGAAUGCUUUCAGCGACAAACCCACACCUAUUCAGCACCAGAGAACCCACACUGGAGAAAGGCCUUAUGAAUGCAACAAAUGUGGGAUAUUCUUUAGCCACGCCUCUGGCCUCUUUCAGCACCAGAGAGAUCACAACAGAGGAAAGCCCUAUGAGUGCUGCGAGUGUGGGAAGUUCUUUAGCCAACACUCAAGUCUUGUUAAACAUCAGAGAGUUCACACUGGGGAAAGCCCUCAUGUGUGCAGUGAAUGUGGGAAAUUCUUUAGCCGAAGCUCCAACCUCAUUCAGCAUAAGAGGGUGCACACUGGAGAGAAGCCUUAUGAGUGCGGUGAAUGUGGGAAAUUCUUCAGCCAGCGUUCCAACCUCAUUCAUCAUAAGAGGGUUCACACUGGCAAAAGCGCUCAUGAGUGUAGUGAGUGUGGGAAGUCUUUCAACUGCAACUCCAGCCUCAUUAAACACUUGAGGGUUCACACUGGAGAAAGACCUUAUAAGUGCAAUGAAUGUGGGAAAUUCUUCAGCCACAUCGCCAGUCUCAUCCAACACCAGAUAGUCCACACUGGCGAGCGGCCUUACAGGUGCAGUGAAUGUGGGAAAGCCUUCAGCCGAAGCUCCGACCUCAUGAAGCAUCAGAGAGUCCACACUGGGGAACGGCCUUAUGAGUGCAUCGAAUGUGGGAAAUUGUUUAGCCAGAGCUCCAGCCUAAAUAGCCAUCGGAGACUUCACACUGGCGAGAGGCCUUAUCAGUGCCCUGAAUGUGGGAAAUUCUUUAACCAAAGCUCUAGCCUUAAUAACCAUCGGAGGCUUCACACUGGCGAGCGACCUUAUGAGUGCCUGGAAUGUGGGAAAACCUUCAGGCAAAGAUCUAAUCUGAGGCAGCACCAGAAGGUUCACAAAUCAGACAAGCCGUAUAAGUGCAGUGAAUGUGGAAAAGCCUUUAGCCAGAGGCCUACCCUCGUCCGGCACCAGAAAAUUCACACCAGAGAAAGGAGUGCAGAAAAUGUGCACCCUCCUCCAGCACAGCGAUGUGCAGUGGAGAUGAGCUCUGAGAACAGUCUCUAUAAGGGGGCCAUCAGCCAGAGGUUGAACCUUGUUCAUCCCAAUGUCCACACUGGACAGAUUCCCUAUGAAUGCUAAUUAUGUUGGAAGCUUUCUGGAAUAAAGUAGCAUUUUCUCACCAUGGACUCUAUCAGACCUUUGUCACUGCGAGUGUUUGUGGAAGAAGCCGUUUAGCUCUGGCAGGUCUCCAAGAGCGUGGGUCAGCCAGUCCCUGUAUUCAGACUCCUCUCUCCCAGGAGGGAAUCCAGAGGAGCCUGAGGCCACAGGGAGAUGUCAUUCCCUCCCUCUGACCAGUGUAGCUGUGGACAUGACCCAUCUUUGACCAUGAAGACCUGAGCUGAGUUCUGCUGGCAGCUUGUGGAGAAGGUUUCCCUUCUUUCAAGGACAUGGCUGAUCUCAUACGAUGCUCAUGGUGGAUUUAUCCGAUCUCCACAUUACCCAUCCCAACAGCUACCUACUUUGCAUUGCCUUAGUGAUAAAGCCACCUUAAAUCUCAUGUGUCUUGAUCACUGUGGAGUGGGUUGAGAACAGUUGAGGUCUACCAAACUAAAAGGGCCUCUUAAACGUAUUGCUUCUAAGGGAAGAGCAGGAUGGUUGGAGAACAGCUCUUAGUCUAAAUUUGGCCUCCUCUGUGUUGCUGCUCAAGGCCUCCAGGGGAAGAUGGUAGGACUUUGUGGGCCUAAUGCAAUCUGAAUGGCAUGAAUUUUUGUGAGCCAGAGAUUACUCCGAGGACAGGGCAGUUGUGACAACCUCCACUGCAUCUGGGAGCAACAUGAAUAGGGCCUCUUGUUUCCCAGAUACUGUUUACCUGGCUGGCACCUUCCAAGGAGCCAUAUGCCAUGAAUUUUAGCAUCUGGUAUACAGGUUUCCUAAUUGUAAGACUUACUGGGACCAAUUGAGACCAUAAUUUGUAUGGAAAAACUGCGGGUAAUAAUGGAGUAGGCAAGUCUACAGCAAACUAGAGGGAAUGUACCUGUUCUAAAAGUGCAUCCACAAAUGUUCCUUUGAAUGUGACUCUGCAUUCAGGAUUCAGGCUCUGCAGAAAUUCUCAGGACCUCUAGACCUCUGCCCUAUGGCUUAGGUCACCAGCAGAGCAAAAAUCGAAAGGUUUUGUGCAUACUAAGGCUCUCUGCACUAUUUGUGUCAUGGCCAUUGCUGCAUUGGCAGGAGAAUAGGGGUAAGAGAAGGUAAUCUUGUACUCCAGGGAUGUAGCGUUUGUGACAUAGCCAGCCAUUUUUGCAACCAAGGCUUCAGAGACAGAGAAAGAGAGCAGAGUCAAUAUAGGGUUGGCAAAUCUAAUUUUCUAAAAUGAAUGGGAGAUCAGAUUUUUAUGUGCAACAAUUUCUUUAAAUGUUUUAUUGAGAUAUAAUUGUCAUGCAAUAGUUGUACAUAUUUGAUGUGCACAAUUUAAUAAGUUUUUCAGUAAGUAAACACUCAGGGAACCAACACCAGAACUGUGACAGUGGACCUAUCCAUCACCCACAAAGCUACCUCGUGCCUUUUACUUUCCUUCCUUGCCUUCCCAGAAAACUAUUGAUUUACCUUUUUUUCUCCCACUAUAGAUAUGUUUGCCUUCCUUAGAAUUUUAUACAACUGGAAUCAUAAAGUAUUUCUACCCUAUUUUUGGUCUAUUUUCUUCCACAACAGAAUUAUCUUGAGGAUUAUCCAUGCUGUAUGUAUGAACAGCUCAUUCCUUUUGCUGUGAGUGGUGCUCUCUUGAGAUCCAUCACAGUUUGUUAUGCUUAAUUUUUAAAUUAAAAAAUCUCUGGUAAAAUACAUCAUAAAAUUUACCAUCUUAACCAUCUUUAAGUGCAUAGUUCAGGGGUAUUAGGUACAUUCAUAUUGUACAACCAGCACUACCAUUCACAUCCUGAGCUCUUUUCAUCUUGCAAAACUGGAAGUCUGUACCCAUUAAACAAUAAUUCCAAAGACCCCACCACCACCACCAUCGCCUAAACCCCUGGAAACUGCCCUUCCACUUUCUGUUUCUGUGAAUUUGACUGCUUCAGGUACAUCAUAUAAAUAGAGUCAUCUAGUAUUUGUCUUUUUGUAACUGGUAUAUUUCACUUAGCAUUAGUGUCCUCAAGGUUCAUCCAUGUUUUAUGGCAUGUGUCAGAAUUUCCUUUCGUUUUAAGGAUGCAUAGUAUGUAUUCAUAACAUUGUAUUUCUAUGCCAUAUUUUGCUUUUUAUUCAUCUAUCAAUGGAUAUUUUAUUUCCAUCUUUCAGCUAUUGUGAAUCAUGCAGCUACGAACAUGGGUGUAGAAAUCUCUCUUUGAGACCUUGCUUUCUGUUCUGUUAGACAUAUCUGGAAAUGGAAUUACUGGAUCCUAUGCACUUUGAAUAUACCAGCCCACUGCCUUCUGGCUUUAAGGAUUCUGAUGAAGAAUCUGUGGAUAAUCUUAUUGAGUAUCCUUUGUACAUGACAAGUCAUCUCUCUUGUUCCUUUCAAAUUUCUCUUUGUGUUUUGAUUGUAAUUUGUCUUGGUUUGAGCCUCUUUGAAUUCAUCCUUCUUGGAGUUCACUGAGAUUCUUGGAUACUUCUAUUCAUGUAUUUCAUCAAAUUGGGGUUCAAAUCAAGUUCAAGUUAUCCCUCUUCUCCUUUCGUUCGCCUCCUGGGACUCCCACAGCAUGUAUAUUGUUUCACUUAAAGGUGUUCCAGAUGUGCUUUAUAUUCUGGUCACUUUUCUUCAAUCUUUCUUUUGAUUUUCCUAUCUUGAAGUUGACUGAUUCUUCUGUAGUCUCAAAUCUGCUUUUGAAUCCCUCUAGCAAAUUUUUCAUUUCAGUUAUGGUAAUUUUAGCACCAGAAUUUUUUUUAUUUCGUUUUGUGUUUGUGUGAUAUUUCCAUUUUGUUCAUGCAUCAUUUUCCUGCCCUUCUCCAUGUCUUCCUUUAGUUAUUUGACCAUCUGUGAGAUAGAUGUUUGUAUAAUAGAACUGCCAUCACGUCUUUUUAAGAGACAGUUUCUGAAUUUUUUUUUAAAGUGGGCCUUGUUUUUUUCUUUCUGUUGUUUUGUUUGGGGUUUUUUUGUGUGUGUGUGUUUCUUGUGGUUUUGUUUUUGGCUGUUGGGUUGUUUUUGUUUUUGAACACUGGACAUUUAAAUUUAGUACUGUGUUAACUCUGGAAAUCAGAUUCUUCAUCUUUUCCCAGGGUUUGCCAUUUUUACUUAAUUUGUUUAAUUGUCAUAGGCUGUCUCUACUGGGGAACAGCGUGUGGUGUAUCUCAGGGUCUUUUCUGAACCUGUGCCUUAACUUUUAAAAUUCUACUGUAUAUGUGAUUGCUUUGAGAUGUCUUAAUCCUAAAUAUCUGGCUCCCAAGAGAAGAGAAAGAAAAAUGAAGAGGAAAGGUAUGUGGUACCUUAAGUUCCCUGGAAGUCACUUCAGCCACAGAGGGAGGGGCUUGCAACAAUUGGAUAAGGGUUGUACAAAUGGCUGCCCACUUCUAUGUUUUCACCUCUGCAAUCAGUUUAGAGCACAGAUCCCCAAUAUUUGUAGAGUGGGAUCCUACCCAGGCUCCCAAAAACUGCAUGCAAGCUGCUCCAAGGACACACAUAGAGCUGCCUGACAGGGCAAGUGGAUAAGGGAUGGGUAGCUGCUACAGUGCUAAAGACUGAUACUGGCCCAAAAUAGCUGCAAUUUACUACUGCUUAUGCUUUCCUCUGGAAGUUAUAAGCCUUCAAUGGACCCCAGAGUUCCAAAAUAGUUACAGUAGACAUUCUGCCAGUAUAAUUGUUGUCAGGGUAGGGAGAUGACUUCCUUAUUGCUUCCUAUCUACUAUCUUCCCAGAAUCCUUAUUCAAAUGUACUAGAAUUUUUUAACCCUUUUAUGUUACAUGACAUGGGUUUUUGGCUAUUACAAAUUAAGCUAUGACCUUGAAUAUACAGGUCUUCAGAUGGGUCUAUGCUUUCAUUUCCUAAAAUCUAGAAGUACAAUACCUUUGUUACAAGUCAGGGGAAUAUUUAAAUUUUUGGAAACCAACAAAUUGUGUUCUAAAGUGCCUAUAGCAUGUUACUUUCCCCCAGCAGUGAAUGAGGUCCAAUUCUUCCAUAUACUAGCCAAUAAUUGCUAUGAUCAGCAUUUUUAAUGUUUGCCAUUUUAACAGGCAGGUAGUUGUAGAAUCUCAUUGUGGCUUUACCUUGCAUUUAUCUAAUGACUCAUGAUCUCAAUCGAACAUUUUUAAAAUGUUAUUUACCACCCACAUAUCUUUGGUAAAAUUUACAUUCAUAUCUUUUGCCUAUUGUUGAAAUAAAUGUUGGUUGAUA